UGUUGAGUAAGCUAACGGUGACAACGCGUUUGUGUUUUAUAUCUGUAAAAAUUCUCUGUUUUUGCAGUAAAAUUGCUGAUAAUCUUCACAUCUUACUAAGGAGAUCAACGAAACAGUGGUGACAAAUUUAUAUACGGCGUAUUUUACUUUGGAUAAUUACCGCUACUUGCAGAUAAACGGUUUCUUAUUUUGAUCUGAAGAAAAUCUCGUGAAGCAGUCGUAGUGGAUGACGGAGAAAGGAGCGUGACAGGCAAAUGUCCUUAUUUUAUGCGAAGGCUUAAAUUAAAAUAGUUCAAGUGUUCAUCAGAGAACAGUGAAAAAUAAAAUAUCACAAAAACAUUCUAGAAUAUUGUAAACACUUGGUAUUUUUAUUUGAGGACAAUCGGUUACUAGUUGAAAAUGCGAGUCACGGUCACGACAAUGGCAGACUAUACAUUUCCUCUGGAAGUGUCUGAUGAUAUGGAACUGGAGAACUUUAAGGCACUUUGCGAAAUGGAGAGCGGCUUCCCUGCGACUGAAAUAGUAAUCUCCCUCAAUGGACAACCUUUGUUGGACGAUAAAAAGACCGUCACAGAGUUGGGAAUUCGGGAUGGAGACGUCAUCAUGUUGCAGCAUAUAAUGCAGGCUGCUCAGCAAGUUUCACAGGCAGCUCGCACCAGGCCUCAACCGGCAGAACCAUCUCGCUUGGCUAGCUUGGAUUUCAGCUCGAUUCAAGUUCCGCCGGUAGUAGCUUCAAGUAGCGGAAACUCUGCCCUUAUAAACAACAAUCGGCCAUCGCCUACGGUUGCUCCAGAGGAUGAUCCGGCAGUGGUACGCGAAAUGUUUCUUUCUAAUCCAGAUCAACUGGCACUGCUUAAGCAGAACAAUCCACGCCUGGCGGAAGCAUUACUUUCAGGAAACUUAGAAACUUUUGCCACAGUGUUGCGAAAGCAGAUUUCCGAACGAAUGGAAAAGCAACAACAGCGGUUAAGAAUUCUCCAGGCAAGCCCGUUCGAUGCGGAAGCUCAGCGUUUGAUCGCAGAGGAAAUAAAGCAAAAAAAUAUCGAAGCCAAUAUGGAAGCUGCGAUGGAAUACAAUCCGGAAACGUUUGGAACCGUUGUGAUGCUGUACAUCAACUGUCGCGUUAACGGACAUCCGGUAAAGGCGUUCAUCGACUCCGGAGCUCAGGCCACAAUUAUGAGCGCUGCUGCGGCUGAACGGUGUAACAUAAUGCGACUUGUUGAUAGUAGAUGGGCUGGUAUUGCAAAGGGUGUUGGUGUGCAGAAAAUCAUCGGCAGAAUUCACAUGGUGCAGAUUCAAAUCGAGAAUGAUUUCCUCACCUCAAGUUUUUCAGUGCUGGAAGAGCAACCGAUGGAUAUGUUGCUUGGACUGGAUAUGCUGAAAAGACACCAGUGUAAUAUUGAUCUCAAGAAUGGCGUGCUGCGAAUUGGUACAACUGGAACAGAAACUAAAUUCUUAGCAGAAGGCGAUUUACCGGAGUGUGCCCGGCUGACAGGUAGUCCCGAAGAGGAACAUAGGGCUAUGGCCGAAUCUGCUCGGAUUGCCGAAGAAAUGGCCAUGAAGCAUGCACUUGCUAAAAGUCAGUCCGAUCAAGCAGAGGAACCUACAACAAGCGGACAACCUCAGUUAGGAGAUUCCCAGCAUAAACGACGAAGAUCUCCUUCGUCCAGUAAUACCAGCCCAGGCAAUAUUAUCACUACCACCAGUGGCACUAUCAGUACCAGUACACCAACAACCUCCGGACUGCAGCAGCAAUCGCCGCCAGCGAAACAACCAGAGCCUGAAUCGACAGAGGACGUCCCAUUGGUGCUGUUGCCGAGCGAUCAGUUUACCGAGAUGGACGUGGUAGAGCUGGAAUCAAUGGGUUUCAGCCGACAGAUGGUAAUGGCUGAGCUUAGGGCUGCUAACGGGGAUAAAGCUAAAGCUACUUCAGGUCUUUUCGCCAAGCUAGGAUAAUUGGAGUAAUGGCAGACAAUUUUUGACAAUGAACCUUUCUUCUGAAACGCUUCGCCGGAAUGCAUUUCUUUUUUUCUAACCGGAGAGAGUGAACAGUUGAUUCUUUUCAUAUCGUUUUGUGCGAUUUUUGGAGAUUUCUCCGUUUUCUGUGCUAGAAUGGUUGAAGGUACGACAUUUAAUGAGUUAGUUUGACUUCUCUAUAGUUUUGAGCAGAAGAAAUUUGUGGAACUGAUUAUUUACAAGAAAAAAGUAAUGUACUAAACGAAUUCACUGACAUGAUAGGGGUUACUUAAGUAAAAUAAAUGCAUUGAAUUUGAAUAAUAAA